AACACCUGUAAAUUUUGUUGACACUUAUGCACGGCGUGUCAUUAUUUUGUUUAACAGUGACAACACAUAGUUGGUCUCUCUAAAUAAUCUUCUGCUUCCCUUCUUCCUUCACUGUAUUUCAAUUUUCAUCUACACUGUAAUUAUUCAUGUGUUUUUCUUCUACAAGAUUGAACUUUAUUUCAUCGCUCCAUUGUACCACUUGGAAUUAGAGGACAAAACCAAGAACAAGCGGGAAUCACGAUUACCAUCAGGGUAUAUGCAUGCAAUAACAUAGAAAAGGAGGAACUAACUCCUUUUCAGGUUGCCAGAAGGUUAUGAUACUACUGUUUUCAGGGUCAAUUACUUUGUCCUACAUUUUCAUUCUUCACAAGUUACAAGAUACUCAAAAGAUGGAGCAUCGAUAUACCAUCCAUGAAAUCACGCCAUUUACUAGAGAUUGGAGUUGUAAAAUACAAGUUGUUGACAAAAUUCGCCCAAAAAUUAGCAGAGAUCACCGGGUGAACUUUCAAACAACCAUCGUCCAGGACGAAAACGAAGACCAAAUCUGCAUCAUAACAUAUGGUCCUGAAGUCGCACAUUAUGACAACCUUUUCAAACAUUUCCACACAUACCUCAUCUCGGCAGCUAAAGUUAGGGAACCGUCACGUUUUGCAAUACCCAUGCACAACUUCGAAUGGGUCCUCGAUACCUUCAGUAUUGUCGAAGAAGUUAUAGAGAACAAUGAAGAAGAAUCAAUGUUACCGUUGCCUUCAAGAUUAAACAUGGUGUCCUUUGCCGAUAUCGAGAAACAGAUUCCAGGAGAUGAAUUCGACCUAGUGGCAGUUGUGGCAAAUUGCGGUACCAUGAAAUAUCAAGGCAGCGAAAACAGAAGAUUUCAAGAAGCUAUUCUUAUAGACGACAAGAAAAAGCCUUUUCUGUUUACUAUAUGGGGAGAAUUGGCUGACAAAGAUGGAACUGAACUACUGCAGCAGUUACAUAGAUACCCUGUCAUUGUUGCAAAACGAAUAGCUAUUUCUAACUUUAAACAAGACGUCCGACUAACAACAAGGUUCAACUCCUUAAUCUUAAUCGAUCCUUUGUACCCGCAGGCAGCAAAGUUAAUGAAUUGGGCAAAGGACAACAAUCAGAUGCUAAUUGAAUACACUCUCAAAAGUACAUCAGCAUCGCCUUCGACACUAAAUGUUGCACCUUUUGAAGAUCAAAUACUUUCUAUUUCAAGCAUUCCUUCACAGUCUAUCGCGCAAAGUUUUUAUGUUAAAGGAGAAAUAUCAUUACCAAGUGAAUUCCAGUUUUUCUUCGUACUUCUAUGCUCUGAAUGCCAACAUCUAAUAUGAAUCAAACGCAAAAAGAAAGUUCUCUGUAUCAACUGCAAGCUAGAGAGAAUGUUGAUUCCAAGAUGUGAAUUUGAAGUUGAUGUCACAGACGGGAGCAGAACAAUAACAGUAGUAGUGUCGGACAAACUAGCUGAAACAAUGCUUUCACUGACAGCAGACCAAAUAUAUGAAACUACCAUUGUCCAGAAACAAUUGUUACCCAUUGAGCAUAUCAGAGAGAGCCUGCUAGACAAGCUGUUCAAAAUUCAUUUACAAAAAUCACUACUCAGAACACCAGAUAGGCCACCUGGUACCUUUGUCAUUUUAUCUUACACCCAGAAACAGACUGUCUUCGACUUGGUACAAUCUUCAACAUCAGCUACUAUUGGCGAGGGAACUAAAAGGAAGGUACAAUCCAUCACUUCUGAAGAAGCAGAUCGCAGUCCAUCGACAGAAGAUGGAACCCCAAGAAAGAAACCAAAAGUACAAUGACCAAGUCCUCUACAAAAAUACUCAAGGUUAGAAAUUAAUACUUGAUAGACUAUACUUUUUUUAAGAGCUUUUAACUAAGCUACUUUGUAUGUAAGAACAAAAUCAAAGAAAAUACAGCUAACAAACAACAGCAAAUACAAACAAUAAGUUCAUAUAUAAUAAAAGUUGUCAGGUAGAAAGUGAACAAAAUUGUUUGUCCAUCCAAGCAUGUAUUCUAACUCUUUAUUAAAUGAUUUAGCAAGAUGACAUUUCCAAAUCCCAAAAGAAUUUCUGUUUUCUAUUUGUACGCUACUUAAUAAAUAAUUACAUUUACUGCUCCCAAUUUUCGUCCGUUAAACUGCUUAUUUUAUCCCCAUUUUGUGUGAAUAACUACGCAGAUUUCCAUGAACUGUUUAUUGUUAUCUACGCAAACUAACUCUUUGAAUAAUCUUGUAAACCCGAGUAGCUCCCACUAUAUACACAUUUAUGUUUUCGUCGUACCUCCAAAACUUCAAAGCGUUUCAUCAGAACUCUAAUCCAAAAGUGAAAAAGGCAAAUCUCAAAAGUUUUUUUGUUGUCUGCUUUAGCCUACUUAAUGAACAAUUACAUUUAUUGCUCUCAAUUUCUGUCCAUUAAAAAACUUAUUUUUUGUCAAAAUAGACUUAUGGAUUUUGCUCAUACGGUAAAGCCUAUGUUGCUAUGCAAAACAAAAUCUGUGUCCAAUGUCUUCACAGCUCUUUGUCCAAAUUACAUAUUCUCAACUACUCUUUUGCACUUAACUCCCAAUUUAUUUUUCGUACAUGUGCCUCAUCACAUUUGAAGUGCAACAAAGGUCGCCUCAAUGUUAUUUGAUAGGCUAUAGCAGUUGUAAUACUUGCAUUCAAGGAAGAUUUUCGUUGUGUUGUCUA